AUAACCUUCAAAUUCUGUUUGAUGCGUACCUAAUUAGCCUCUUAUUUGUUUAUGUGUGCAUAACUAUAUAAACACUCUAUAAUAUAAAUGGAUGAAUCUUUGAAGUUCAUUUACCUGGAAAUUUCACAAGGAGCAGUUGGAGGAUCAGCACCUUUGAAUUAUAGUGAUUUUCAUAGAUUUUUAAGAAAACUUUCAAACAAAAUGAAGAAUUUCUCUGCAAUGGUGGUUGCUUUGGUUGUGCUGGCGCUAAUUCUGCAGGUAUCUGCACGACAGUAUAGAAUUCACCCACAUCCCCAAUAUAUGGACUAUGAUAGUGGUAAGCUGGCAAAAAGAGGGGGUGCUGAAGAAAAUGCAAUUGGAGAUCAAGUUGAUCUAGCGAAUGAUCAAGUUGAUCUGGCGAAUGAUCAAGUUGAUCUAGCGAAUGAUCAAGUUGAUCAAUUUGGAUCUGAAAUCCCAAACCACAAUGAAGUUGAUGUAGCAGACCAAAUUGAUGAAGAUGACAAACCCAAGUUCUCGUGGAAUCAGAUGAAACUCAUUUUGGAAAUGUUUAUUUCUGUCUCUGAUAAGUGAAAGUGACCAAUGAUCAAGAAUCCUCACAGCUACUCUUGAGUACUAAACAUCUACAAUUGUAUAGUGUAGACUCUAUGCCCCACUCUAUAUUGUGACUAUAUAGUCAUUGACAGACUCAUUGUGACACAUAUACAAAAUAGCCACUAAUUGACAACUCCAGUGAUGAACACUCUCAAAUGGUACGAUGUGAUGUAUUCAAUGACGUAAUGUUAGUUUGAGUUUCGUUAGUACAUAUACGCUGCAUCUUAUUUUAGAUUCCUGUAC